CCAUUCAAGCGAAUGAAAGACCGGGUCUGAUUGGUUAGUGCUGGAUCCCAGUUUUCCGCGGAGCGUCUGUGUACCAGUUGGCCGUAGAGAAUCUGAUAGGGAUUAAUCAGACAAACAAACUGUGCCAGAAAACAGGAAUCAUAUGUUAUAAAAGAAAGAACAAAGAAGGGGAAGCAGCACUUACAAAUGCUGAAUCUAGCAUCGCGGGAUGCGCCGGUUUGAUUACCACUCGGACUGUGAUCUGUGUCGAAAUGAGAGCCGCCGCUUGAACCUACCGAAGUACCUCCCCGGCCCACCAUGAAGGCGGAGAGAGAGUUCAGCCCGUCGGCCACUUUUGCUUUCUCGUGUACGUACUCGACGUUUCGGUAAAAUUCCGUACGAGAGUCGCUCGUGCGGAAUACUGCUGGACUGAGACGGCGCCCGGACGGAUCCCGACGCCAAGGCGGCUCCCAGAAGCCCAAGACAACAGUCUGUGUCCCUUAGGCGUCGCCAGGCAAGAGCGGUGCUUGCUUUCCGGCCUGGAAUUUCCCUGGAUCUACAGAUGAAGGAGCUUCCGACACAAAAUCGCAUAUGGGGGGUUCUUCCAUGUAUUCUUAAAACAGCAAAGCAGCACGUACUUUUCCAGUCAGCGUAGUCUACCAGCGGUCCAUCGCUAAUAACUUACUAAUACAGCCAAUACUUUAUGUGGAGUCCAGGUAGCGCCGGACUGGUGUGUUACGCGCGAGCUGUGCAGCAUCGCGGGUUAGUUUACAGUUUAAGCUCGCGGGAAGCCGCGCCUGUAACACCGCGGAGAGUGUGAGCUUAAACUCGGCGGGUCUUCGGGCUGUGGUUAAUGUGCGAUUACACCUGCUAGUACGGCCGCUGACAUCCAGUAUCGGACUUCGGCGCACUUCGUACCAUCAAGAGGGUGCUUCACUCAACGACAUACAAUAAAAAUAUUAUUUAAAAAAUAAAGCGAAAGCAGAGUAGGGAGUACUAGGGCAAAGCAGCUCGCGGAUGUUUGCCUGAAUUCGGCCAUGGUCGAAAUCCUUAUGGCGCUCAAGUGAUUUACCAGCGUCACGUAAUAACAUCAUUAAUAACCUUAAAGUGGCGGGUCGAUGUAUAGUUUUCUCUCGUAUCUGCGAAUUAUAAGUCCGGGAUAAAGGAAGACGUGGCUUGUGUGAGGCACCGAAGUCGCGGUGCUUGCAGGACAACAAAAACGACAAGGAGCCCAAAACAAGAACAGCAAGGUGUCUGAUGGCGUUAGUGGGGAGCGCAGCGCGCAUGUAGAGACAAAGGGCUGCGGCUGAAGCGGCGCUGUAGCCCGGCCGCGGCACCCGGACCUGGGCACCGGCGUGUUGGCGAAAGUGGAGGCUCGGCAAGCUGCGACUCCGCGGGAACGUCGGGGGAAGCCGAUCGGGCGCGUCCCUGUUCAGCUAAAGAAGCGUUUAAAUUCCAUGUUGGGACAUUAUAUCUGCCGUACAUUUAUAGGGCCAGUGUUGUAGAGUAGGAAAUGCAGAAUCUGAAUAAAAUGCCAUUUUCGAGCUUUGGCUUCGUGGACAAGGAAAUAUGUGUGGAAACCUGUUCCCGUGGAUAUCUUAGCAGUAGAUCAAUGGAGUGCUGGCUUAGUGCGUGAACAUUUUGACUGGAAGUUAAUCCUUUUUAUAUAUAUGUAUAAUUACCAGCAUUUCAUAUAGUUAUUUAUUUUACUUUGUCAUUCUUUAAUUAUGGAGUCAUUUAAACAAAUGGGUUUUAUAGAGGCAUUAAUUACAUUUAUUUUCUGAAUUGAAGCUAGGAUAUUCUUUUAAAACAUUUUUUAACAUAGAUAAAGAUUCUUGGUCCUACAAAUGAAAACACGAGAAACAACGCAGUCUGUUUCCUGGUUCAGUAUGAAGCGUUUCACACUCCAACGGAGUUAACACGAAUUCCCAGGACUUUAAGGGAGAAGCAUUUAUUAAAAGAACAGCUCGUUAAGGAUAAAGAGGCGGAUAAGUGUCCAAAAGCAAGAAGAGGAUGAAAAUUAUCCCAGAGAUCAUCGGCAAUUUCUGAGGAGCAGCUCAAUUGGUGGAUCAGAUCCAGCGCAUGAGACCUACAACCAGCAUUCAUGAGUAUCCGCCUCCCAGCCUCUACUCUAGACAGGUUUACCAGCUUAAUCAUGGGGGACUCGGAGCGCAGGGCUUCUGGGAACCAACAGAAUGAAUCUUCAGAUUUGAACGCGGAAAGCACAGGUCAGGGUCUGGUCCAGCGAUGCGUAGUUGUACAAAGAGACGAGCUGGGUUUCGGCUUCACUGUGUGCGGAGAGAGGAUCAAGCUGGUGCAGAACGUACGGCCAGGGGGUGCAGCUGUAAAAGCAGGAGUCCAGGAGGGUGACCGAAUCAUUAAGGUCAACGGCUCGCUAGUGUCAGCCAUGACACACCAGGAAGUGGUGAAGCUCAUCAAGUCUGGAACGUAUGUCGCCAUGACGUUACAAGGGCCGCCCCCUUCAGCUCCAGCUGUCCCUUUACAGCAUCUCCAAACAGACCUUUCAUCCAAUCACAGAAUAGCAGUGGGAGGAGAUACACUGCCAACUCCUCCCCCUCUCCCUCCAGCUUCCACCAGCAAUAUUUUCCAGAGAAUCACUGGACCUAAACCUUUCCAGGACCCACAGGUGCAAAAGCAUGCUUCUCAAAUCCUCAGGAAAAUGCUGGAACAGGAAGAGGCUGAGAUUCAGAACCUAACGGAAGAACUGUCACGAAACCCCUCCCCAUCACUGCAGGAGCGAAUAAGAAGUGCAGAGAGGCGUGCUCACCAAGUCAGGGUGAAAGUUCAGCAGGAACUGGAUGGAACACGAUCUGAAUCAUUGGCCAAAUAUUUUAGGGCCGGAGACGGGAGCCUCUCCGUGGAUUCAAACGAGGGAGAUUUUGAGGCCUGUGAAAGCCCCAACUACUCACCCUUAUUCUCCUUCAGAACGCCUCCCUCUUGGAGGUGCAGUGAUGACAUGUCUUCCAUUGAAACGGGUGUUCACACCCAGAUCAUUGGUCCAGAGGAUUAUGACGAUGCCGGUUUCCUUAAUGAGACCAACGGGCCCUUCCAGGACAUCGAGGUGCUGAAGACCCGGCCAGCCCACAUGAUUGUCUUCAUGCGAUAUGUCUUCAGUCAACUGUUAGACCCUAACCCACUGCUCUUCUACCUGUGGGUGGAAGCCUACUUGGGUGCCAGUGCCAAAGAUGCCCGUACCCUUGCCCCACGGAUUUGCUCGUACUUCCUGGACCCAGAUGCUCCCCUGAAAAUUCCUGUUCCGGAGGAGGUCUUGUCUGACAUUGAGAGUCGCCUCCAGGCACAGGAGGAUAUAAGAGGCCCUCUGUCAGAAGUACAGCAACAGGUGCUGCCUGUUAUCCAGGACCAAAUACAACGCUAUAGGAACCAGCAGACAAUGGGACUGAGUUCUCUGUUUGGAGAGGGAGAUCUGCAGCAGCUGGAUGGAGACCCCGUCAAGGACAAGCAGGUGGUGGACAGACAAGUGUCCGCACUCUUGGAGAUACUGUUAAAAUUCGAGGAAGACCGGAGCUCUUCCCUGGUGUCUGCCGUGUUGCUCUAUCUGCGCUACGCCGGCAUCAAGACGCGGCCUUACCCCGGACUGCCGGCCGAGAAAGACAAGUGGUUGGUCUUUUUCCCUAAGACCAAAAAGCUCAGUGGUACAAAGAAAGAGAAGGAUGGGGAGGACAAGAAGAGGAACCCGAUCUUGAAGUAUAUCGGCAAAUCAAGGAGCACAUCCCAGUCCACAUUCAACAUCUUGUCUUCCUUUGAAGUGAAGUCUGGCAACGUGCGGCACAUCAUCCAGCAGUUUGAGAGCAGCCAGCCGGACGUGGCGGUGGGCGAAGCUGAUCCCCAGAGGCUCUCCUCCAGCAGCCUUGGAGAUGAAAUACUGGAUAGAGACAGCCCGACGGUGUCAGUGCGUUUGGCUCGCAGCGAGUCACUGAAAGCUCAGGGCGAGGGCCGUCGUCGGGGGGCCGGGGCCACCGGGGAGUCUGUGCCGCGCUCUCGUAGCGACGUGGAUAUGGACGACUGUGGAGAGGAGUGUGAAGCGGCCAGGCUGCUCCUCGUACAGCACAGCAACUCCUCCUCGGCCUCCAGCAGCUCCGCAAGAUCGCUGGAAAAUGCCACCCCACCGUACACCCCUCGUUCCAGACGGAGGAGUAUGGAGUCCCCUGUGGUGCUGCUCCCUGAUGCCCCCAGCCUAGAUGAGGACGUCACUGAUUCUAGCAACUGGCAGGAGACAGUGGACCCAGAGACCCUGGCUGAGCUCGGACCCCGCGAAGUGGACCGGCAGGCGGUCAUCUAUGAGCUCUUCACUACAGAGUCAUCACACCUGCGCACACUCAGAGUUCUGGACCAAGUGUUCUUCCAGAGGAUGAGAACUGUACUGAGCUCAGAGGAGCUGGCCUGUAUUUUCCCCAAUUUGCCCCGAGUAUACGAGCUGCACGCCAGCUUGUGCGAAUCCAUGAAGAAGCUACGGGAGUCGCCCAUCGUUCCGGGGAUCGGAGACAUCAUGCUGGCCAGGUUUGAGGGGGCGGCCAGAGCGGAGUUCCAAGAGCAGGUGUCGCAGCUCUGCAGUCAGCAGUCUCAGGCACUGGAGCUCAUCAAGAACAAACAGCGCAAAGACCCACGGUUUGCCCAUAUCGUACAGGAAUGUGAGGCAAACCCUCACUGUCGCAGGCUGCAACUGAAGGAUCUGCUCGUGUCCGAGAUGCAAAGACUCACCAAGUACCCGUUGCUGCUGGACAACAUCCUCAAGCACACGGAGUCCGUUUCCCCAGACUUCCCAUUGCUCCAGCGAGCGCAAGUGUGCUGCCGUGGGAUCCUGCAGGCCGUGAACGAGGUGGUCAGAGAAACGGAGCACAGGCAGCGGCUCAGCCAGUACCAGCGCCGGCUUGACGUGACACCCCUCGAGAGGCAAGCCAAUCCUGUAGCAUCACAGUUCAAGAAUCUGGACCUGAGCACAAAGAGAAUGAUUCAUGAGGGAGCACUCAUCUGGAGGGUCAGUAGAGAGAAAGCAAUAGAGGUGCAGGCGCUGCUGUUGUCAGACCUGCUGGUUCUGCUCCAGAGAGGACCAGAUGAUCGUCUGGUGCUGCGAUGUCCCUCCCGCUCACUAGGAGGUGUUGUUGGGGGCAGCAAUGAACUGAAAACGUCCUUUUGCCCUGUGGUGCGGCUGGAUUCUUUGCUUGUGCGCUCAGUAGCCACUGACAACAAGGCCCUGUACGUCAUUAGUACCUCAGAGAGACAAAUCUACGAGCUGGUGGCAGGAACCUUGUUGGAGAAGAACCUCUGGAAGAACUUGCUUGAGAAAGCAAUCACAUCAACCACUGGCUCUACAAACCCUGUAAAUAAUGGUUCACCACCCCUCUCCUCUUCCAGUCUUCGUAUGGAUUCCUCUGGCAGCCAUGUGUACCAGACAGAGGAUUCACUGACAGAGGAAUCUGUAGGGAUGGACAGGGACAUGCCUAACGAUGUGGGUGGGGUGCUUGAGCUUCCCCCCCAGACCAAUCAGUCUGAAACCUUCCUUGCAAGUGAAGGGCAUGGUUGCCAGCAAAAAGGGCUUGGAGUGGCAGAGGCUGCACUGCGAGAUUUGGAAAAGCUCAGGCGACUCGUAUUCAAGGGCCUGGAAGAAGACGCCUGGAGUCAGGACUCUGGUGCCACGCCUACAAAUGAGGCUACCAAUGAGAGAAGCCCUCAAAUCGAUGGGGUGGAGUCAGAACCUACAUCUAGCUUUAAGUGGGAGACUGAGGAAUUGGGAACCCCACCGCUGGAGGCAGAGGACCACAGCGUUCAGGUGGUACGGAAGGCUGAGGGGGUGGGCUCUGCUUCUUUCCCUGAUGACAUCAUUGAUGUCAGCAUUCUCUCCAGCCAAUCAGCUGAACCAAGCGGAGCCUGUGAAGAGGGAAACACCUUCUACCUGGUCUUGCCCCAAGACACGGGUGAAACUCAGACUGAUGAGCUCAUUAACACGUACAACACUGAAAUGGCACAGCUUGAAGCAGAACAAAUGACUUCGUCAUCUGUGCAACAGAAAAAGUUGCAGGACGCAUUGAGUCCGUGUCCAACUGACCACGGCCAUUCCGAGGAUCAGAGUCAAGAGGCCGCUUUACACCAAUCACAAGCAGGUGUUCGGAGUCAUGUGAGAAAGAACAUGAAUGAGGUUUUUCACACAAUCGACGAGUUGAUGACCAAAUUGCUGCAGCUACGGGAAAUUGAGGCUACUCAUAGUCAGAUUCUCAGAACAUUGACAAACCAACCUGCCAAUAAGGUUUCUGUUGACCUUUCACAAACCCCGCCCACUGCUGCCUUGGACAUUUCACUUGAUAGAGUAUCAGUAGAUGGGGUGGAGCUGUCCCAGACAACAGUCCAGUCUACUGGAUUUUGAGACAGACCAGAAAGACCUUUUUUUUUUUAAGCAUUUCUAUGCUAAUUCUCAAUUUAAGAACAGUACAGUUGCAUAUCAUUAUAUACUGGAUUGCCUGAAAUCCUUUUCCAACAGGAUAUCAUCAAGCAAGAAGAUCGCAUGUCCAGGGUUAUUUUUUAUGUUUGAACUUUGGAUUAGGAAUUAAAGAAGAACACAGGGAGUCUGGGAGAAGGAGCUAGUAUGAAUUGAAGGAGGAUGCAUUAGAAGAGCAUGGCACUUUAGUUCCAUUUGGUACAUCGUCAUGUGUGUAUUAGCCUGAAACUGUAAGUUUUCCAGACUCCAAUUUGAAUGCACAUGCUUUUUGAGCCACUGUAACCCACCUGGAGCUUGAACUGGAAAUAGUUAAUGAUUUUGAACUCUAAAUGUAAAGCUGACCUCCCUCAGAAUGUUUAAAUUCGAGGUUCAACACAUACGUGAUUAUGUGCAUCAAAUAUGGUCUUUCUGAGUUUGAUGCAAAAUGAUAAAGGAAGAUUUCAGUUUAUUAAUGAAGGAAAUACAUCAGGUAGUUGUGAAAUCUACCCCUUUGUCAGAUUCUGCAGCAAAGUUUCUGUUAUUUUAACAUAACACAGUUGGUCUCUCCCAGUCCCACACCUACUCCAGUGAUGUACUCCACUGGUCCUUUGGGAGUUUUCCACAGUGACCUUUUGUACUUUGUGGAGACGGUCACUUGCCAUACCCUGAACUAGUGAUGUAUAACUCGAGAGUUUUUCAGAAAUAACCAGAAGUACAGAUGUUGAUGUUGCAUUGAUUCUAGUCUGUAACCUUAUUUUGGUAAUGCACUAUUAACAUGGCUCAUUGUAAUUAAGGCUGUAAUAUGAGCAGGUACUGACUACAUGUAGGUGUGUGAUCAAGCUCUAGGGCAGGCGGACUCUGGUCCACAUCUGGACUGAAAUACAAUAUAAUCCAGACUGUAAAAUUGAUUUCCCCCACCCCGGUAGACAAAACUUACCCAUGGGGACCUUGGCAGAGGUGCUCAAACGGGGUGUGGCUGACCAGUACUUUUUGCCUCCUUGGUAAAUUUACACGAUCACAAAUAGGUCCCACUCGGAAGACUUUGCAUAAUCGACAAAGGGCACUUGGAACAUCGCGGGUGGGGAGGGGCUUUUAUUUAAUGAGGUAAAGGAGAAAAAAGGGGAAAGCCACCUGUCGUCCUCUGAUGGAUGACGUUACCCAGAUCAAUAAUUCACACACAGUUUUGAAGUGAAACAGUGUUCCUCCCUGUGCACGUGCCUGGACCUUUGUGUCGAUGAUGAAAUUUGGGCCUUAGCGCGAAACAUUUGACACUGCCUGCUCUAGGGCCUGCAUGACACUAUGCGGCAGUGAGAUAAAUAUCUCCCCCUGCUGUCAGAUCCACAGAAGUGUGUAUUACAUUCAAACAAUGAUGCUAAACUACUCUUCCUGCCUUUUGACCUAUAGUACUCCACUGCCUCAUCCUUAUAGAAGCAAUUAACGUCACUUGUUUGGAUAAUUGGUUGCCAAGUGCUUCCUGUGUACCUGGAACCUCGGUGUAGACCUGCUGUAUUUAUGCACAUAACAUUCAUGGUUGGUUUAAAGCUACUUGACUUCUGUACCAUAGAAACCCCAUACUUUAUAUAUUAUUCUGUAAAACUUGUUUAUUUUUAUUUUUGUAGAUAUGGAAAAAAGAACUGUAAAUUAUAUUUCUGGUUUUAAAAUAUUAGUUGCCCUGAAGGAAGAUGGGCUUUUUCAGAUUUGUGUUUUGUGUCAUUAAAUGUUCAAAAAUG